CUGGAAGCCAGCAUGGUUAAUUAUUGCCUUACUUUUUCGGUAUUAUUAACACACGCGGUGUAAUUGCAUCAAGCACAAUAAUGUAUUCUUCUGCAUGCCUUCGCGUUUGUUAAUUACAAACAUAUAUCAAGAAAUCAGAAUAUAAAAAAUUGACCAAAAUUUCUGCUUUUUAGUUUGCAAAGCUUCUCGCAAAUACAGUACUCCGUAUAAUUAACUGGUAUUUUCAGCCAUGGCGAGUUCAUUGCCAGUGGCAGCAGUAAUUUCAGAAAACAGAACCCCGCAAAAUCACUUGACAUACAGCAAAAGAGAAGGAGGGGGGAAUCUGUAUUUUGAAUCGUUCGACAUAACGAGUCCGAAGGUAAAGUUUUUUAUAGAGAGGAGCAGUAACAACAACAACCGAAUGGUAAUGGUGCAUCUUCGCUGUUUUCACAACAACAGGUACUUAGUUAGGGAGUCUGAAACAUCGCAUUGGAUAAAUGCAGACGCCAAUGAAGUAGAAGAAGAUACAUCUCGAUGGUCUUGCACACUUUUUGCUGUCGAAAAUUUAACCCCCGGUGAUCCAAAUUUGCCACUUUGGACCACAACAAGACUCAGGUUUAGGCAUGUCCAAUCUGGUGCUUUCUUGUACGGUUAUCUUCAUCAAGGUAGCGGUACAUCACGAAUUCGUAGACUUGGCAUAUACGUACAGGGCGAGAGCGGCGCUUCCAGCAAUCCGACGUUAUGGAUUCGAAUGACGGAUUGGGAGUUGUUGACGAUAUUGCCGGAAGUGGUGGCCUUCAAAGGCAGCAAUGGCAGAUACUUGGCUACUGUGAGAAGGCAGAAUAUUCCUAACUGGGAUCAAAACACACAUCAUUUGCAGUUUAGUAGCAAUGAUAUUGGUGAUGAGGCAGUGCGGUUUGAGUUGGAUAGUAAUAAUUUCAGGCACGAUGGACUCAUCCGCAUCAGAAGCCUUCUCCGCGAUUUUCGGCCUACUCAUGGAUUUUGGAGAUCCAACGGACAAAACAGGGAAAUCGUGGUAAGCACCAGCCUAGCCGGAACCGAUUUUCGAGGCGUAAAAGUUGAUGAUGCUGAUAUGGCUUUCGACGGUGGACUUUGUUAUAGUCGGCGAUUCCCUAAUAAUGUGCUUCAUUUGGGUACUGAAACAACAAUUACAAGAGAGGCCAUAGUUAGAGUAGAAGAGCCAGUUCUUUCAAGACAAGUUUAUAAUGUGAAUUAUCGCCUUGAAGAUGCUAGGAUUUAUGAUCAAACUCCCAUUGUGUUGGCUUCUUUCCCAGUUACUAAUAAUUCACAAACUGAGUUGGUCAGAACCAUCGGGUUUAAUUACGAGGAUAAAACAGAAACUACUUGGAAUGCCUUUCUUUCCUUUCAUCUUGGUGUAAGAAUAAGGAUUCGAGCAGGGAAACCAUUAAUAUUUGGUGCUAGUAUCCAAAUAAAUGCAACUUUUGAUGCAGAAUAUGAAUGGGGGGAAACUAAAACUGAAACUAUAACUCUAACGGAUUCUGCCACCAUACGUGUGCCGCCGAUGAGUAGUGUGGUGGCCAGACUAGUCGCCACCCGAGGAAGAUGUGAUAUACCUUUCUCUUAUACUGUGCGCGACGUCCUUACUACUGGCCAAACCCGUAUUUCUCAAGUUGAUGGCGGUGUUUUCAAUGGCGUUAACAAUUACAACAUUGAUCUUACCGUGGAUCCAGCUUAGUCAUUAGCCGCCCUGCUUGUUUUUAAUAAGAGAUCGAUCUAGCUACUCUUAGCUAGCUUCCUUCUGUGUACGACGUUAAUCAAUAUCAUUACUUAUAAUAAUUGCUAUUAGCUUCGUUGUUAUCCUUACGGAUCGAGUAGUAGUUUCCACCAAUAAAUCAAACUUUGUACACUUGAGUUCUUAUCUAUUUGUAGUCCUUAGCUAGUUGUUAUAUAUUCUAUGUUUUUUUCCUGAAA